AUGGCCCCGUGGGUGCUGAACUUUGUCUUCCCGUAUACACGCCUGGCGGAAGCUGUGGAGUCUCGGCAAGCGCAAGAGGGGUUUCUUUUGCGUUCAGUAGUCUUUCAGAUCGCCGGGAAAGAGUCCGAUCGGGUGUGUUUCGCACACGAAAACUCGCUAUUCUACGUGCUGAACAGCGGGCCCUACCUGGAUGACCGGCGCAUGUACUUUGUUCUCCAUCUCCACGUCCCCGCGGGCAGGAGGGCUUCUAGAAAAAACGAACGAGACCACUCGAGCGCGCCGAAUUCUCUCGAUCCUGAAGAGGUGCUGCUUCUUGAAGAAAAGGAUGAGGCGUUUUUGGUUUUGGAAAAUUUACGGGAACAAUGGUGCAUGCCAGACUCCUGCGGUGCUGCGGUGAAGCUGGCCGCGGCGUUUCCUGAUUCAGGUUCUAAAUGA